UUUGUGGGGCGGACGGGCCCAUUCCUUUGGUGUUGCCUGCCGUGUGUGAGUGAGAGUGGAGGAUAACGAUGAAAAAGCACACACUUGAAGAGGAACGGCAACGCGGUGCACAAGGAUAAGAUGAAAAUUUAUCACCACCCCGUGUGGACGACGGCUUUAGUGCACUAGUCGGAGCUGUGGUUUGUGAGGCGUGCUAAUGUGAUAAACGCUUUUUUGUUGUUGUUGGGAGCAUCCUAACCCCCUGGAUUCCCAGUCUCAGGGCCCUUGCUAGAACCUGCCUGCCAGUAUCGAUUAUGCGUAUCGCGUGCGGGAAAAUGACCUAGCCUGGUGGAGGCACUCUCGGGGCACUGUUUGGUGUAUCGAUGGACCGGGGAGAGUCUGAUGACCUGAAAACCUGCUUGCCCAAAACCUGAAGAACAGCAGGCGGUGAGGACGCGCGCGCGGUGUCGUCUGCCGUAUUUCUGGUCCUGGUCUUCCAAGUAGCAGGCGCAGUAGUGUGUUCACUAGUUGAUGUGUUUACUAUAGGAUAAAGCGAGAGUUUAGCGUGUCUCUGUGUAUGUGUAUGCGUGUGUGGCUGUUCUAUCGAGUAGUACGUUGAUGAAGCCGAGAGUGAUUGUGAGAUGUGAACGGACUGAUAGCUGGUGUUUUUAAUUGAAUCCUACUCGCAGGGUGGAAGAACUCUGCGACUUCCUAUCUAUCCCGCUCCACAUCUAAUCUAGCGUUCCUGUGUGCAAGCGUACACCUUCAUCCGGGAUCUGGGCUCUACCUACGGCAGACAUCAGCCUCAUCAUCAUCAUCAUCACCAUGUUGUCAAGGAUUCUGUUUCCGGUGCUGCUGUUGCUGGUGGUUCAAUUUUCCGGCCGACUACAAUGUGAAGGCAUACGGGCCAAGUUCGCCAACUACGAGACGAAGUUUAUCAACGACUUUAUCAACUUUACCCGCCCGGCCGGUGAUAUCAUGGAGCCGAUCUACUACGACUACGACGGUGGCACCAAAACGGCCGACUACGAGACGGGCAUGACGCUCGGUGGGCUACCGAUACCGGAGGAAACGGCCGGCAAUCCGGUCCGGGCCGCAGCGGCUGGGGAGGUAACGCGCCCCCCGGACAUCUUUCCCGAUCCGGACAAAAUCUACGCCUCCUUCAUCAACAAGAGCACGAUGAAGCGGAACCACUACCCCGGGGAGGAGAAUGUGAUCAAAGUGUAUUCCUCGAAGUCGUUGCGCAAAUCGCCCCAAGCACACACGACGGACGACGAGAGCUCGUUCGACAACCUGAACAACGACAUGAAGGGGCACGACUUUAUCGACAACAUCAUGUACAUCUACUACGGCACCAAUGGCAAUCUGCGCAAGGAUCUCGGCGGCAACGUGAUCGUGAUCGGGGCAGUGUUUGCCCUGGCGCCCCAGAUACUGACCAUCAUCAUACUGUUCCUGCGCAAUCGCCGGCUGCGCCACUUCAACGCGUUCUAUCCGAUCUGUUUGAAUCUGCUGCUGGCGCUGAUCGCGUCCAAUCUGUGCUUCAUUUUGGGCGUGCAGGCGACCCGGAACGUGAUCCGCUGCGAGCUGAUCGCGCUGCUGCUGCACUAUCUGCACCUGAGCACGAGCAUCUGGUGCUUCAUCUACAUCUACGUGAUCUACGAUCUGAUCGCGAACGAGUGUACGCCGAAGCUGAAGUACCACUACCUGAUGGGGUACGGCAUUCCGGCGGUGUACGUGCUGUUCUCGUACGCUUCCUCGAUUGAUCGGUUCGAGGUGCACCGGUACUGCUGGAUGUCGAUCCAGAAGGGCAUGAUCGUGAGCUUCAUGGUGCCGAUCUCGUUCCUAAUCAUACUGACCACCGUGCUCGGGACGCUCAGCCUGAAGCGCAUCUCCACCAAGCAGACGGAGCUGCUGUGCGAAAGCAUCGAGAGCAUCAUCGAAACGACGUCCAAGUGCAACGACAUCAUCUAUCCGCGGUUGCCGUCGCUGGCCGGCGUCAAUAUGGCGAUGGUGUGCCGCAGCAACAGCUACCCGCAGCUAGAGCAGGUGAAGCAGGAUCGUCCCAUCUGCUGCCAGGAGUAUGCCGACUGUGCUAAUCGCCACUCGGUGGUGACGCUGCCCCAGCCCGUCAUGGCGGCGGGCGGUGGUGUGGUGGUGCCGUUCACGCCGGGUCUUCAGUGCGGCACCGGCGCCGUCAGCCAGUACGCGAUGAAUGCGGCGAAACGGUCGUUCGACUGUUCGUACGAUACGCGCAUCGAUCUCGGGCAGCUGUCGCUGGCCGAGCUGACCACGCCGAGCAUGGCGUCGGACGUGCAGGACUUUACCGAGUUCAAGCGGGCGAUCAAGUUCGGGCUGUUCUUCCAGCCAAUCUUCUCGGUGUGCUGGUUCCUGGAGGUGAUUGCGCUCGAGAACGUGCAUUCCUGCGUGAUGCCGGUGAUAUUUGCCAUCUGCUUCAACAUACUGAACUGGUGCAUGCUGGUACGUUCCUCCAACGUGUGCCCGUACGUGAGCUCCACGAUGGAGAAAACGCUCGACAGCCAGCAGGCAGGAUCGUGCGGCGAAUCGCUCAACGGUACCGUCGGCCCCGGUGGAGAUAAUGACGCGUCACAGGCGAAUCUGUGCACCGAUACGAUACCGUUGCUUUGUGCUUCCAACAGUGGGUCCACUGUCAUCAGCCCGAACGCUACCGUCUGCCCUAUGCGUAAGGGUGCGACGGUGGCCACCCUGCCACGCAAGUUCUCUGCCACUUCCAUCACCGACGAGCAGCAGCAGCAGCAGCCCCUCUUUUACAGUAACUUUAUCGGCACCACCAACAUGCCCAUGUCGUGGGAAUCGAGCAUCGAUCUCGGCGCGUACCAUCUGCACGAAACGAAGAACGCGGACUGCAUCAGCACGAUCAGCAACUGAAACCUUGGGCCGAGCAUUUGUGUUUUUAUUGGAAUUGUCACAACUCGAUCGCAGGAGACUAAGGAAAUUGGAAACAAAGGAACCAUAUCAAGCACGAUAUUCCUCGUAGUUUUGACAGGGCGAUAUGCUUUUUAGCCGCCGGCGGGGUUUUGAUCUUAGAUCAUCGCAGAUAGAUAGGCCGGCGGCUCUUUGUUUGUGAUAAAAAACAGUUGUAGUAGCGUAGUUCGUUUUGCCGAUCGUUAUCAAAUGGUCGCUUCGCUAGCAAAUUGCAUUUGCAAAUAUGCGCCAGAGCUAAAUAUCCUUUUUCAGCACUAAGCGCGAACCAUUUAAACAUAUUCAAAUUGAUGCGCAAGAGAGUGCAAGUAUUUAGAGCAAGCGGAUGUGGAGUUAGCACAAACUCUUUUGGGCCUGCAGAAAAGUCAAGUGAAAUUGGAUUCUUUAAAGCUGAAAAUUUGGAACUUAAGCUAAACAUUUUUUAAACAGUUUGCUUUUGUUUUUUCCUAUAGUUUGAAUGAAUCAUGAUGGUUUUAAACUGUACAUAGUUUCGAACAACCUUUUCUCUAACAUCUCCUCUUGGGACACGCAUUAAGGAAAGAGCAAUGUGAUUUCUCCAUCACCUAUCAGUGCAAGCACACUUCACCCACGUUCGGUGACGGGUUUUAAGCAAUAUUAUACCAGAAAAGGGGAAGGAACAUGUUUGGACACACCUUUAGUAGUGAACGAGUCUCUGUAAAGAGCGCACACUGUCUAGUAGAGCAGUUUUUAUCCACAUCCAUUACUGUGAGACUAAGGCUGGCGGGAGUAGAGCGCCGAACGAUGGUAGAAACUAACACCUUCCAACAACACUCCACACAGAAUCGCAGGUCCUCCAGUUAAACCUUUUGAUCAGGUAGCUGCUACUGGCAGCAUGUCGGAGUUGCAGCGGAUAACACAAAACCAGUAAAGUUGUAAAGUUUUCUUUGAUUGGUGCAUUGCCACUGAUAGUACAAACGAUAUUCUAAUACGAGCAAAACCACACUACGAACAGUGAGACACAGUUGGCGUUGGUGUAACAGUAGCAGAAUUCCCCAAUCAUUGGAGUGGAGAAGAACAUGAAACGAAACGAAGCGUCUUGCUCCCCGUGGAGGCGAUAACACUUUGAGGUGCGCGAGGAAAACCAAUUCUGCAAUCAUGAUUGUGAAGAAACAAACGACCGUCUUAAUCGAAUAUAUCAAUUUAUACUAGAUACCUAUACUACAACUGGUCUCGGUACUGGAGAGGCUCAGUCAGCCAGCGCCACCGUUUCACGUAAUCCAUUUCAGCAGUCCUAAUCAUAGAGCGUAAUGUUGUACUUAGCGAAUCUCUCAAAUACGCACCUUUGUGAAGCAAAACUAAAACUCACACCCACAAACACACCCACACACACACACAAACAUAUUCAGACUUUGUACUCCUAUAACUUGUUUCUCCAGUUUGAACCAAUUUGUAGCAGGAUACCGUUACACCGUACUUUAGGAUAUACUGUUUGCUGCCAGCCAGGCCAUGGUGUGUGUGUGACAAGCGAAACGUGUUGAACUGUUCGUUCCCAUAUCCCUUCGAAACACGUUCGAAUAGGAAGGUUUGAGUCUUCAGAAAAACAGGUGAUACAAACAAAAUCAUUCUCCAAAGCCAUAAAAGACGACUUUUGUGUUGCGUGUUGCAUAACUUCGGGCGCUUUAUUGUGCUCGUUUCGGAGUUAUGCAAAUUGCUCCAUCGAAAUCGUCUUGUUAUGGGGUUUGGGUUAACGAUUUUGUUUGUGUGUUCUGGCAAAGGCUACCUACCACCUUAGCUGGCAUAGAAAACAAACAAACUGAUAUCCAACUCCAUUAUGGUCGUGGUUCCGGUUUAUUGAAGCAAAACAAAAACGUAGUGACGAACUAUUUCUCCAAAGGUGAAGUAUCCUAGUGAUAAUAUUUACAUUGAAAUAAAGAUAUUAGACGAGUGUAGCAAACAAUG